CACGCACGCACGCACAAGAUGGCGCUUUAUAUAGAGAGUAUAUUGUGUGGAAUCUGUAUGUUUGUCUUUGUGCGUGAGAAAAGCAGUAAAGAUGGAAGAUCGGUUAAUGGACGUUAGCGUCGUGUUCUUCACCGCCCCUACUCAUCCCUUGCAUGAUGUCCGCGUAUACAGGCCAAAACUGAUGUUGUAUCGUGUCCGACGGGAUAUUUCUCUUGAAUCUUUGAGGGAACGGCUCCAAUCAGCAGUGGAUAAGUGCAUAGUAUCAUUAGUAUAUGUAAAAGGUGGUCACUGUCAUACUGUUACUUCAGAUGCAGUUUUAUUGAAAGCAAUCAAGGGCUGCGGCAAAGAACUACGUCUAUAUCUGCUCGUGGAUCCAGAAACACAAUCCAACGAUAAUCCAACUGAAACUAAUGCAUGUACCUGUCCAAGAUCUAUGAAUAACCAAAAUAGUGAAGAAGAGGAUAUGGAUAAUUCUAGCCUCGAUUGUUCUGGAUCUACAUCUUCCAGACUGGAUUACCUCGAAGCUGACUGGGCCGAUGAUGAUUGCCAUAAGUGCAGUGUGUGUGAACGGAAGAUUACAUAUUUCAGAUAUGUUUGCUGUACCUGCUUGGAACAUUUUUGCUACGACUGUCUCCCGAAGACCCCGCAUUUCAUGAACAAUCAUCUUAUCCUCUUCAUGAAGGGCAUCGUCAAAAAAACUUCACCUGUUUCGCCACAUAUUUUUUCAUUGCUUGAUUGGGUUAGUAGUGGCUAUCAGGAUUCUGUUUCGGCUCAUGAUUGUGAAACUGCUGCUGGUAAUGAAGCUACUCCAGGUGAUAAGACUUUGAAUGCUGGAGUUUCUUGUGAGAAAAAGAAGAAUACAAAUGCUUCGUUGGAAGUUGAUGAUGGUUCUCGUGGAAUGAUGAUUGAAAAGUCUGAGACGCUGGAAAGCGAUCUUGAGAGUGUUGCAAGUGACAAAGACAACUACGAUUGUUUGGACGACUUUGUAAUUGUCCCCAUGCCAGAUUGUUUCGAUGUGAAUCUGCCCGCUUCCAGGGACUGUUCCAGGGUUCUUUAUAUCUCCAGAGAUGAUGUUUCUACGACCAACAAUGGAGGCUAUGUUGUGGAGAAUAUAAUAGAGUUUGUUGGCUCCCAACAAGAAGAAAUUGAUGUCCAGCAGCAACAGAUUGAUUCCCAGCAACAGCAGAUUGAUUCAGAGCGACAAAUUGGUACACAAAAAGAACAAAUUGAAGUGCAACAACCUGAGGUUGAUUUACAUCAACACCAACAAAGUGAGGUACAACAAGCUCAACAGCAACAGCAUUUAGCCCAACAAAAUCAACAGAACAAAACUACUGAACACAGCCGCGACAGUGAUGAUGACAUUUCAGAGCAUUUUGAAGAAUGCCUCCAACAUGAAUAUGAACAUUACCACCUGAAUCAGCAAAAUGAACCUAAGAUACGUGAAAUUCCUGAGCCACAACAGCAGCAAAAGUGUUUCAUUGAAGCUGAAAUACAGCAUCAACUUUUUAACUAUAUAGAACCGCCACCGCUGGAUGAAUUGGAACAAUUAUAUCAAGAACAUUCCAUUGGGCUACAGCAGCUGCAACCAGAUGGAGAAGAUGUAACAUGUGACAGUGAGAUCGCCUUCCUCAGGCAGAUAGAUGAAAUUGAAUAUCACGAGAACCAAACCAAACAAUCCAUUCCUCAGGCAUCCAUUAAUAAUGUUGAUCCAUUUUCUUUGAAUGGGGAUGGGGAAGAAGAAGCAUCACCACUGCAGCUGGUUGCUGAUGUGGUCAAUACGGCUGGCAAGAUGGCCAGCAAAGCAGCCAACAAAGCAUUUGAUGCUAUGAAGCAAGCCUAUCGGUCACUGCAAAUUCAACCAUCCUCUCCAGGACCUUCAAGGAGUCCGUCAUGUUUUGGCCAUUCAAAUGACAGCAACAACUUUAAUUACAGCAACACAAAUUACAACAAUAAUAAUAAUAAUAGUAAUAAUAAUAAUGGUUGUCACAACAAUGACAGGAGUGUAAAUGGUAAAGCUUAUUGUGGCAAUAAUUUAGGCAGAGGUGAUAGCUCAGCGUACAAUGUUGGUGGUGUUAAUUUUAGUAAUGUUAAUGUUAACAACAACACCACUAGCUUUGGCUCGUCAUCUGCGACAGAUCGUGCUUGGACUCCAAAGCCAACAGAUUGGACUCCAAAGCCAACAGGUUGGACUCCAAAGCCAACAGAUUGGACUCCAAAGAAGGCCGACUGGGUGCCCCCAGAAGAAAAUUGGGUCCCAAAACUAGCUGCAUAUUCAUCUGCACCGACGUCCUCCUCCCGGGAUUUGAACGCCAUGAACCUGCUCGUUGAGAUGGGUUUUGCUAACAGAAGGGUGAACAAUAGGUUGGUAAAGAUGUUCAAUGGUGAUAUGGACCUUAUUUUGAACGACAUAACCAGCAAUGGAUACAUCGAUCGCACCUGCCCUGGCGUGUGGGAUUUAGAUUGAACAACGAGUGCAUUUUGUAAUUCUUAACUAAUACACUGGCCGAUGGCUAGAUUGGUGUGGUGCAGAGUUAAUGAUAUUUAUGCAUCGAAUUGUCUCGGCUUUUAAAAAAACUUAACCCCAUGUUAACAAACACAUUUUUUAAAAAGAACCAUUUACAAACUUAUUUCGUCGUUUAUCUGUUUUAAUACCAAUCGAAGUUUAAUGACGCGCGUUGAUUGAAUGGAUGUACUUUCUGGCACGUGUAUGUUAUGUGAACGGUCGGAUGGUGUUGUUGAAUUCAAGAAUCAAGGUAAUAUUUGAUUUUUAACUCUUAUUAGCUUACAUGACUAUUUCUUAAUUCGUAUCAUUUAGAGACACUGACGUUUGUCUAACAUGAUGUUAACAAUGUAUUUUUUAGUUAUAACCUGUUCUCGUGCCUUCGUUAUCUGUUUAUUUGUUAGAGUGUAAUCGAACGUUACCGUU